AAGAUAUUAAUCUCAUAGAAUGUACGAGAACACGUUCAACAUCGACGAAGAUUUCUUCGACGCAUUAGCACUGUUGCAUUCGACAGAGCAAGACAGUGCGGAGAAGCUUCGUCGGAUGCUGGACGUCUGCAUUGAAAAGAAGCACGGUCUCGAAAAGACUUUGGCUGUCAGAAUGCCGAAGCGAUUUUUGCAAAACGUCGACGAAUCCGCUCCUCUGAUGCAUACCUUGAAGAGUCACGACCACGUAACGCAAGGAUAUAGUACAAUAAAAACCGAGAUCUGGGACGGUAAUCUUGAGAUCAUUUCUUUUCUUGAAGCUGACGAAGCGGAGAACAUUAGGAAUCACCGGAAGUCCGAUGUAAAAGUAUUCGAGGUCGAUUACGAGGACUGCUGCGAGGACGAAGAAGACAUUCCCAGAAUCUCGAUUCCCGACGAAGGAUCCGCCGACGGGACUAUGUGCAAGAUCUGUAACGGUACGAAACUGGGACCUCUGAUUUUGCUCGAGUGCCAGGAGUGUCAAGAAGCUUAUCAUCCGCUGUGCCAUCAACCUCCGGUCAUCGAUGUUGACGUUUACGACCCUAGAAUCGUGUGGCGAUGCAAACGGUGUGUCACAAAACUCCAUCGGUUACUCCUAUGAAGGUUAAAAUUAUGGAAAAGGGACGCGUGGGGAAAGUUCGACGAAAUAGCGAUACAGUCAAAGAGAACGCAAACAUUUCGAAACUGAGAAUACCUGAGAAAAGGGACGGUGAUUUGUUUAGGGUGAACGGUAAGAUUUGAGAAGGAUAAAUAUUGACUUCAAUCUUUUUCCUAACUCUCUUAAU